AUGACGGCUCGGGGAAGGGGCGGUGCAGCUCAACGCGCCGUCGCCGCCGCCGCGCUCGCCGUGGCGUGCUGCUGCAUCGCCGGCUGCGGCGUCAGCGCGACCACCUACUACGUCGGGGACGGCAAUGGCUGGUCCCUGAGCAGCGCCAGCUGGCCCAACGGGAAGCAGUUCCACGCCGGCGACGUCCUCGUGUUCAGGUACAUGACCUGGAUGCACAACGUGGUGGCGGUGGGGGAGGACGGGUACAACGGCUGCACGACGCCGGCGGGGUCGAGGACCUACACCUCCGGCAGCGACAGCGUCACGCUCGCCAGGGGGGACAACCGCUUCAUCUGCACCCGCUACGGCCAUUGCUACUUCGGGAUGAAGAUGGUGGUGAACGCCGUGUGA